UGGUAACUUUCCUCAUCUAACAUCAAUAUUCUGCAAUCCCGUGUCAUGCUCAAAAUAAAAACAGAACUUGCACUGAACUUUGAGGGCGUGGGAGUUGGGUCCUGCAAUGCUUUUUCUUCCUUUUUCACUCCUCUCUAAUGUAACCCUAACAUUUGGCGGCAACCCAAGAGACAAUAACGGCUGAGGUUUCUCCGAAGUUCCACAACAGAAUGAUUUGCCUUGUAAAGACUCUGACUUUUCAGAAUUAUCCUUCAAAUCCUAGAUUCAUGUUACAUAAAGUUGAGAAACACAAACAACCAAGUUCCAUCUGCUACUCCAACAGAAGCAGUAUGUGCUUUGCUUUCCUGGAAAAGUUAACCGUGAGUAUUGAGGUUGAUGAAGACAAAGAUGGAUAUGGAGAUGACGACAACGACAACAAUGAUGAUAGUGAGUUUGAUAAGCUUCUAAAGUCAGAUCAGUGAUCUACCAAAUGACCAUAUUUUUUGCUGUAUGAUAAGGUGCUCUCCAUAAAAUACCAUGGCAUGAAUACAGCUACCUCAUAAGGAGAAAGGGCUUGAUAUAUGAGAGAUAACAGGUUUUCCAGGUUUGGGGUUGGCUGCUGCUGGAUGGUUGGCGAAGGAGCAUGUCGUGGCACCAGGAAGAUUAUAUAGGGUAGCAUCAGGAUCAUAUCACCACUCCGAGUUGAUUUUGAGUUCAAAAACUGAAUGUCAAGUGAAAGGUUGAUUGAGCCUAGAAUUGAAACUGUUUGAUAGAACUGAUUUUGUCUUGUAUAUGUAACAUUAUACUCACAAUUUACAUUAUU